AUGUCCAGUACAGAGCCAUCAAGAAGACCACCUCUUGCCGGUAAACCGCCAUUUGCAACAGACGAUCCAGACGAACUUUUCGACCAGCCGCCGCCUUCUAAGCGCCGUGUUCGUAAACCAGCAGAAGCCAAUCCCAACGACCGUACUUCUGCCUAUAACAUGUACGAUCAAUAUCUUGACCAUGGAGAUACCUCCAACCGCCAGUCGGGUUUCGGUGCAGUAGGCCUAGGUUUCAUGACUGGGGACUUGAGUGACGAUGAUGACGAGGACGUCCUUAUGCAUAAGCCUCCUAUGGCAACCGAGUCUAAGCACAGUGGUACCAUGAAUGCAGCCCCGAUACCCCUCGCUGCUCCGCGUCCUGGUUAUCCAGCACCCGUCUCAGCACUCAAUGUACCAUCUCCCGCUGCAACACCCGAAAUGAGACAGAUCACUCAGCCGCCUCCUGCGCACCAGCCUCCACAACCCAUGCCAAAUGCACUGAGAGCCAAUCACCCACCAGCAAACAUAAAUAUUCAUUCACCACGUAUGCCUGUGCCAAUUUACGAGACUCCUUCCCCUCGUCCAUCAGUCCCAAACGCUCCGCAUCCCCUCCAGCCUCCCAUGACUCCGAUUACUCCCGUCUUUGCUCGUCCUGCCAAGUCGCCCGCCCCCAGAGAUAUCCAGUUCAACGACACAAUCAUUCGUGGAGGCUCAGAGGACAACUUGGUGCCGAAACGCGGUGAGAGAACAGACGACUUCUGGAGGAGGUUCAGCAUUGUUGCGAGGGACGAGAAGAAGACGAGCUCUUGGUUGAUAAAGACGCAGAAUGGGAGUUCAAAAUUGUCACGCUGGGUGUGGUUCAUUGGGAUGGUGCUUUUAAUAUGCAUUGCUGCUGGUGUUGGAAUCGGCUGGUACAUCUCUCAUAAGUCGACAUCGAACACGGCUCCAAAGGCACUCGGAGGCAGCGCUAACGAAACAAUGGGCCCCUCCAGUACUCUGGCCUCAGUCACGGUUUCUACAUCUUCAUCAUUACACGUUUCGCCUACGAACACGGUUGCACGCCGUUACGAGGCAGAGCCUACACCUGCUAUUCGCGAGACGGUUGAAGAGAUCUUGGAGGGCAUUGCCCAAGCUCCUGCGGCAAAACCAGACAUUCCUGCGGGAAGGAGUAGGAAGCAUCGCAGCCGUGUCGAGAUCCAGUUCUAA